AGACCUGGAAGUCUUCGCUCUUGCUUCCUGGCUCUGAGGUGACUUGCUUUGUACCUGGAGGGUAACUGCCUCUCCGGGGUGGGGUCCAGCUACCCCAUCCUUUAAGCUGUGCUGGAGGGCAGGACACCCGCGGGGGUCAGAGCCGGGAGCCAGCCCUGCGGGUUUGUGUUUGGCAAGCUCUCCUCCCUGAGCCGUUUCUCUGUCCUUCCCCAUUUGUGUGAUUUCGUGUGCAUCUGUACUUAUUAUAGCAGGGACGGCCAGGGAUCAGUUUCUGGAUUCUCCACUUGUUUCCUGUAAACCACCCUUACCUUUACCUCACCUGAAAGGUCGCUUAGCAACGAAGGACCGGCAAGAAAGGAGCUGUGCUAUUCCUCCCGGGCAGGCCGGCAGGUGUACAACACCAGCUCCCUUCUGGGGGGCCGGCCUGGGGGCGACCAUGGCCCCCAACCACCUGUCAGUGCGGGAAAUGAGGGAAGAUGAGAAGCCCCUGGUGCUGGAGAUGCUGAAGGCUGGUGUAAAAGACACGGAAAACCGUGUGGCCCUCCACGCGCUGACGCGCCCUCCAGCCCUUCUCCUCCUGGCUGCAGCCAGCAGCGGACUGCGCUUCGUCCUGGCCUCCUUCGCCCUGGCCCUCCUGCUGCCCGUGUUUCUGGCGGUAGCCGCCGUGAAGCUGGGUUUGCGAGCCCGAUGGGGCUCUCUGCCUCCACCGGGCGCCCUGGGAGGGCCCUGGGUGGCUGUGCGUGGCUCAGGCGAUGUGUGUGGAGUCCUGGCUCUGGCCCCCGGUGCCAACUUGGGGGACGGAGCCCGAGUCACCCGCCUCUCUGUCUCUCGAUGGCACCGUCGCAGGGGCGUGGGCAGGAGGCUGCUGGCCUUUGCCGAGGCUCGAUCCCGAGCAUGGGCUGGGAGUAUUGGGGAGCCUCGGGCCAGGCUCGUGGUCCCAGUGGCAGUGGCCGCUUGGGGGUUGGCAGGGUUAGUGGAGGCCUGUGGCUACCAGGCAGAGGAAGGCUGGGGCUACAUGGGCUAUAUGCUGGUUAGGGAAUUCAGCAAAGACCUGUGAUUAGAGACCAUGCCCACUGGGUACAUGGGCAGAGAACCAGCCCCUAAAGAACACCUACUGUGUGCCAGACACUUUACACCCCUUCCCUCAGUGUCUACCUAGUCUGCCAGGCUGGUCGUGAGGCGCUGAGGUCGAUGGACUUACAGGCCCGCAGUGGACUGCCAGAGGCAGAGGACUUUAAACUCAAGUAGAACAAAUCGCUUCUCGGUCUUCUGGGACAACUAGAAGCCAACCUGUCCACUCCUUGUCUUCCCCCAUCCCCCCCAGUCUGUGUGCACUGAAAAACUUCUGGCUCUGGGUCCACAAAGCCCCUGUUGCAUGUGUCUGAGGUCUGGAAGGGAAAUUUGGGGAGAGAGAGAGAGACUCUAAGAGCUAGAGUCUGUGACAGGGAACUCCCAAAGGGGACAGAUCUUCUGGGAGUGGGUGGGGCUGGGGGCACAGUGUCUCCAAGCCCAUCUGGUUUUUUACACUGUUUGUUAAUAAACCCUGAAACUUCUGUGCGCCUGUCUCCUCUCUGAUGCAUUUUCCAGCUGCUCUCUCCAGACUCCCUCCUGUCUGGCUCCGCCUCUCCA